AUGCGUAGGGUCGACUGUACCAGCUUCCCGUCGUUCAACUCAUUUUUUUUGGACUUUUCGCAGUCGGGCUGUUUCGAUCCUUUCCAUCGUCGUCGUCUCAAGAGAAGCAAAGCCCAACCGAAACAACCUAAGCACAGACCAUUUUUUACCGAUUCAAACCAGAGGUCGGAACACAGCAUCACACCCCUCCUUUGUUUGUCAGUUGGACUUCACUUAGAAGAGAAACUCACAAAGAAACAAGUUGACAUGAGUUUGAAACAGCCAGUGUCACAAGUACGGCUGACCAAUGUGGCUGUUGUGCGCCUGAAGCGCAGAGGAAAGCGUUUUGAGCUCGCGUGCUACAAGAACAAAGUUAUAUCCUGGCGGGAGGGCAACGAAGACGAUUUGGACGAAGUCCUGCAAACCUCGAGUGUCUUCACAAACGUGUCGAAAGGGGUUCUGGCGAAGAAGAAGGACCUCGUGGAUGCUUUCAAAACCGAGGACGAGGGCGCGAUUGUACUAGAAAUUUUGAAGAAGGGAGAACUGCAGGUUUCUGGACGGGAACGGCAGUAUCAAGCCGAAAACUUGUUCAAUGAGAUAGCAGUCAUUGUGUCAGAGAAGUGUGUAGACCCAUCCACUAAGAGACCUUUCAGUGUUGGGAUUAUUGAGCGAGCUAUGCGAGAUACAAUACAUUAUGCUGUUCUUCCUAAUAAGACUGCAAAGGUCCAGGCGCAGUCUGUAAUCAAGCAGUUACAGGAACACAUGAGCAUCAGCCGUGCCCAAAUGAGAUUGCAGAUAUCCGUACCUUCCUCGAAAGGGAAAGCUGUGCGGGAGAAGCUGAGAGAGCAUGUCCAACAGUGGGAACAAGAGGAAUGGGAUCCAGACUUCCAGGCUACCGUCUUGGUAGAUCCUGGAUGCUUCAGGAUAAUUGACGAGACGUUACGAGAAGCAACCCGUGGUCAAGCAACAUUUGAAGUGCUCAGUCUUGCUGUUGUGGAGGACAAUGAUGAGCAACUGCUUUAG